AUGCUAUUCUCCGCCACUGUCGACAAUUUCGGAAAACCAGCCGCGCUAACAUAUGUGGAUACUUUCGCUGUCGAAAUCGCGUUGGCCGACGUCCUGGUGUUCGCUGUGCAGAUGUUUUUCACUUGGCAACUGAGAAUCGUGCUCGGCCUAUUGAUCUCCGUGAAGCUUGUCAUGAAGCCGACUUUGCGCAUAUUAAGCAACGGAUUCCUCCAUUACGCGGUCAUAACGUGGGGCGCUAACGAGCUCGUCGCGGACGUAUGCCUGACCACCGGUAAUGUCGUCAAGAAGAUUCUCAUGUUCUUCACCCUUCGCGGUGUGUUGGUGACAGUUUUCCGAUUCCUGUUCAUCCUGUUCUUCACCGUCCACAAUAUCGCACAUAGGUGA